GCACGGCAGUGUUUACGUACCGCCGCGCCGGCCGGUCGUGGCAUCUGGUACACAUAAAUUACGUGUUUCUGAACGGAAAAAUUAACAUCAACCGCUAUUUCUUUGGUUAUUUUCAACCGCGUGUCUAUGUGUGUGUGUGAUUGUGGUCGCGAUUAUAAAUAGUUGAUCCGUUGAUCCCUAAAAUGGACGUAAAAGAAGAGUUGAACAAGAAGAAGCAUGCAGACAGCGACGCCCUGGAGACGGUGCUCACGCACGUGGGCGAGUUCGGUCGCUACCAGAAGCUUCUGUUCUUGGGCAUGGCGCCCUUCGGCGUGUUCUUCGCGUUCGUGUACUUCGUGCAGAUGUUCAUCACGGCCACGCCGCAGAGGCACUGGUGCAGAGUGCCAGAGUUGGAACACUUGGAUCUAGAACUACGACGGAACCUCACAGCGCCGCCCAAGGGGGAGGAGUGGGACAGAUGCCUGAUGUUCGACGCCAACUGGACGCAUGUGCUGCAGAACUACUCCGUUCAUCCCGACACUCCCCACGUAGCUUGCAGGGACGGCUGGGAGUUUGAGCUCGGCGACAUUCCCUAUAAGACUGUUGUUAGCGAGCGUGGCUGGGUGUGCGAGAAUGCUGGCUACACUCCGUUGGCGCAGACAAUCUUCUUCGUGGGCUCGUUCGUCGGAGGGAUAUACUUCGGCUGGAUGGCGGAUCGCUUCGGACGAGUGCCUGCUUUGGUUGGAUCGAAUGUAAUCGCUAUUGUUGGCGGUAUUGCUAGUAUCUACACGACAGGGAUAUGGGACUUCGCCUUCUGCAGACUACUCGUGGGCAUGUCUUACGACAGCUGCUUUAUGAUCAUGUAUAUCUUGGUGCUGGAAUACGUGGGUCCCCGCUACCGCACGUGGGUGGCGAACCUCUCUAUCGCCUUGUACUUCGGCGGUGGAUGCCUCAUCCUGCCGUGGCUGGCCGUCUGGAUAGGCGACUGGAGGAACCUGCUGUGGGCCACUACGUUACCAGUCCUGGUCAUCAUUGCUGUGCCUUUUACUGUGCCGGAGAGUGCUAGAUGGCUCUCCUCCCGAGGGCGUGCCAAUGACGCUGUCAAAGUUCUAAGGCGAUUUGAAAAAAUCAACGGCACAAAGGUUCCUGAUGACGUCAUGGAUGAGUUUAUUGUGUCAGCGAGCCAAACAAGACAGACCAACGAGUCAAUGAAGGACGUGUUCAAGAGCGCGCCGCUGCGCAAGAUGAUGUGCAUCAUGGUGGUGGUGUACAUGGCGUGCGCGGCCAUCUUCGACGGGCUGGUGCGCAUGUCCGAGGGGCUGGGCUUCGACUUCUUCAUCACCUUCACCUUGACUUCCGCCACGGAGAUACCCUCGGUCACACUGUUGGCUUUUGUUUUGGACAAAUGGGGCCGCAGAAUUCUAACUUGCGGACCUAUGAUCAUCUCAGGAGUUCUUACUUUAAUUGCUGCAUUUUUACCAAAGGGCGUGGCGCAGGUGGCGCUGGCCAUAAUGGCGCGGUUCCUCAUCAACAUGGCGUACAACGCCGCCAUCCAGUGGUCAGCGGAGCUUCUACCCACGCCGGUGCGCGCGUCGGGCACCGCGCUCAUCCACGUCAGCGGCUACGUCGCCACCAUCGUCUCGCCGUACAUAGUGUUCUCGGAGCGCGUAUGGAGUUCUCUGCCGCUGCUCAUCCUGGGACUGAUAGCGGUGGUGGGCAGCUCGGUGGGGCUGCUGCUGCCCGAGACCAACGGCCUGCAGAUGCCGCAGACUAUAGAGGAGGGAGAGAAGAUCGUCUCCAGUUACACCUUCUGCGGGAAAGCUGAAGAUGUCGAAGUGGCCAGUCCAGAAGAGAACGACAAACUGAAAGCGCUGAUAACUUAACAGAUGUAACGUCUCGUAUGGGUCUAACUCACCGCCAGGCGGCUCACUAGAGACAUAUCUAAAAUGUGCCUAAAAAUAACGUAAAACCGUAUAAGCAUUUGUAUUCUGCGGAAACUUGUAACAGCAUAACGUAAACCUUUAGUCUAUCCAAAGUAUCAUUGUUCACAUAUUUUUAUAAGGUCUAGUUAGUAGAUAUCUACUAACUGCGAGUAGUUGAUGGAUCAAUCAAACGGCCUACUUGAUUUUAAUUGGAAACUAUCGACUGUUAUAAUUUUUCAAAACAUUUAAGGUUUUUCGUGGGUCAGGGUCAUUUUGAGCAAUUUAUUUUUCCCAUGGGAAGAAUUUGUGGUGCACUGUACAUGUACAGUACCCGACCUAUGCAAGUUCAUAGCUAAGCAUAACCCAGAAGAAAAGACCUUGUACGAUGAAAUAUUAAAUAUUUAACAUGAUCUUACGGCUAAUACUUUCUCCCGCACAUACCUUAUUCAUUUUCAAAUUAUCUAUGUAUAGUACAAGACGCAUUUCAAAUGUUCCGUAGAAUAUUUUACUCAAUGUUAUAAAAAAAAAAAACAAAUGUUCUAGAUUUCAAAUUUAAAGUUAACAUGCAUUUUAGUGGCACUUAGAGAUUGAUUGUAUUUUAGUUUAAUUAACACCUAAUACCAAAUUGAGAUAAAUAAUAUGUCACAUACUCCAUCGAUAACUGUAAAUUAUGAAUUAAUUUCUAAGUUCCGAUAUUGACUUUUAUGAUUUGAUGAAGGGUGUGUCGUUAAUUUAAUCUUAAUAAAAAAAAGUGUAAUAUUACUAUUAACCUUUUGCAAUUUCAAUAACUUAGCAUAAUACAUAUUGAAUUAACAUUUAACAUAGAUUUACUCAUUUUUUUUAUUUACCUACUUAAAACACUGUGAUAUUGCGUCAAUUUUACUUAAAAUUAAAUUGUAUAAUUUUAAUGUUUGUUAGUUAGAUUAAGCAAUUAAAAUUAUGCUCGCAUAACGCAUUAUAAAUAUUACUAAAGAAAUCCCUACCAUUGAUUAAAAUUUAUCACGGCGAACUCCAUAGCUACCAGUUUCGAAAAAUAUUUAGAAAUAUACAAAAAACCGAGUCGGUUAAAAGUUACAUUAUCAUCAAAAAUGCACAUAAGAAGGUAUUAAGGUAGGUAUAGUCCAGGAUCCGGGAACAUUUUUACAAUUGAUUACUAUCAAUUUAAUUUUUUGUGAGUAGCUUCAUCUUGAUCAGUCGCUCAAGUGUUAUAUUUAAGAAAAUUCUUGAUUCUGGUAGUUAACAGGGUAACUAGGUAAUGAAAACUUCUGAGUGUAGGAACAAAAUAACGUAUCACGCAAUUUGUAGGAUAGGUAAUGUGACUGCUAAGCAAAAUGGCGGUCACAGAUGAGUGGUUAAGUACUAUGACUAUUAAUUACUAGCGGACGCCCGCGUGGAAUUCAGUUUUUUUACAAAUCCCGCGGGAACCAUGGAUUUUUCCGGGAUAAAAAGUAGCCUAUGUGUUAAUCCAGAGUAAAAUGUAUUCCCAUUCCAAAUCGCUUCAGUAGCCGCAGCGUAAAAGAGGAACAAAUAUACUUACACACUUACACACAAACUUUCGCCUUCGUGUGAUUAUUUAGCAAUAAAGGAAGAGUAAAAAAUCAGCUAUUGACAAUUUCUGAUGACUUUAAUGAUACAACUCCUUGUAUCAUUAACGAAGUCAUCAGAAAUUGUCAAUAGCAUUUUUUGUUCCAAAAUUGUUACUAACCAGCUGUUUCUUUUUUUUGUUGCUCAAUUAAUAGUUAUACAACUUAACAGCCACAUUGUCCUACAAAUUGUGUGGCACGUUAUCUCGCUCCUACGUCCAGAAAUGUAUGAAUAUGAACAGAAUAUGGGUUGUUAAUGAUAAUGAUGAAUGAUGUUCAUCAUCAUGAUGAACCAAAAGUAAUAUUACGAUUUUAUAGUUCAUGGCAUCCUUUCUUUUGUGCAGAAGAAAGCACAGCAGAAUAAUUUGAUGAAUUAUCUACUCUCAUUUAUUACUAUCUGUCUGUCUGGUGUCACACUUAGCGCGUCUGCCCCUAUAGCCAAGCGGCACGUCGAUUCUCUUUCUACGAACGCAAACGCUUCGAAAACUAGAAAAAAGUAGGGGAAUGACGUAGAAAGAGAAGUGGCAACUUGGGCAAUUAGAGACCAAGUUUAUAUCAACUUUCAAUCUUGAAUAUACCGAAUUUUAUUAUAAUUUACGAGUAUAUCAGACAAAUAAAUAGAACGAAAUGAUU